AAAUAAAUUAUUAUCAAUAUAUUAUAAAUUAGAGUUCUGCCAGCUAUCUUGACCUAGAGGGAGAUACGGUUCAUAAUGCUUCUUAUUGGAUAAAUACACCGAGUACAAAACCGUACAUAACAAGAGAAGUUCUAGCCCAGGACCAGGAAGGAUAUCUUCAACCGUGUCCCUCUAGCUCGUAUAUGCCAAUGACACGUCACCAAUCAGCUGACGGAUAUCCAGAAAGCAGAAAAUCUCCCAACGCAUCAGCUGCAGUUUCAGCUGACUGUUUGAGAGUACACGGUUACCUAGGCGAGGAUGACACUCAAGACCUAAUUGAUGAAUACCAGCAAUCGAUUAAUGAACAAGCCACUCUUAUUACCGAAGACAGUGUGUUUUUCGAAAGCUCUUCCCCUGUCAGCUUCGAGUUUUCUGACUCGAAGGUUGGUUCGAGUGCUGAGAAAAUUGUUCGAUACACAAAACUGUGCUCUCAUCAUGUAAACUCGGAAAAAACGAUACAGGAGGGAGAUCAAAUAAUGGAAUCUAAUAUUACUUCUGAUUCCAUUUCACCACUGCUACAGACUCCACCAGCCGUUUUACGAGCAGUUUCACACCUUCAACUCCAUCUUAGUCCAACUAGUCAAUCUAGGAUUACUACUCCAACUCAACUCUGUCCUAGUCCAUCUAGUCAAUCUAGGAGUACUACUCCAACUCAACUCUGUCCUAGUCCAUCUAGUCAAUCUAGGAGUAAUACUCCAAUCCAACUCAAUCCUGGUACAUCUUGUGAAUCUAGGAGAGCUACUCCAAUUCAACUUCGAGCCUUAACAUCAACAUCAAGUAAUCAGAUAUAUCCCGUGUAUGGGGAUCAAGUGUAGAGACACAA